CAAGAUCCUCGAACCGGGCGCGGCAAUACUACGUCACAGAGGGACUGCGAGGAACCAGAUUCCGCGGCUCUGGACGAAGGUCUAUUGGCUCUCGUCGGCCGCCAUCCUUCCAGCUUCCGAGGGUCCUAACGCCUGCGGGGGUUGAUCGCCGGGCUACGGACUCUAAAGCAAAGUGUGUAGAACUGUGGUUCCGUGGUUUGGUCCAGCGGUGAAGACGGAGGUCAUCCGUCAGUUGAGCAUUUUUGUCAUCUGCCAACAGUUCUGGCCAGCCAGCAGGUGUGUGGACUGGAGUAAGAAGGAGCUGCUUCUGCCUCCGACUUGGAGGUUCCAUCCUGCGGGAACAAGACAUUUUCUGCAAUAGAAGGAGAGGGUUCCUUGCUUGGGAGAUCAUCGUUCCAGAAGCAGCCUGACCUGAGAUAUCUGACCACAACUUCGGGGCAGGCCCGGAGAGAUAGAAGACAGAGCACACCUUAGAGUUGCUAGCCCUUUCUUAAGAACUGGAGAAAAUGACCAAAGUCCAGGGAUCGUUGUCAUUCGAGGACGUGGCUGUGGGUUUCACCUGGGAGGAGUGGCAGCUACUGGAUGCAUCCCAGAAGGACCUGUACAGGGAUGUCAUGUUGGAGAACUACCACAACCUCGUGUCAGUAGGACAUCAAGCUACCAAACCAGAUUCACUGUUUCAGUGGGAGCGCGGACAACCACCGUGGAGAGCAGAGGGAGCAGCCCCUAGGCACACCUGUCCAGAAGAAAUGUGGGAGCUUGACCAUAUGCAGUGGCACCCAGAAAACCAAAACGGGAUUAAAACUGUGGACAGAUAUCAGCAAAGUUAUGCACUUGGAAGUAAUGUCAAUGUAUGCAAAAGUCUGGUUCCUUUAACACAAAGACACAAUAAGUUUGGCUCACAUUGUAAACAUUUGAAAUCACAUUUAGGUUUUGUUACUGAGAAUAGAAGACACACAGGAAAGAAUUCUGAUGAGUUUAGCGGAUAUGGGAAAUCAUCUCACUACGUCCAGCAUGAUAAAACUCUUACCAGUAUUAAAUACCACGGUUGUGUUAAACCCAGUAGCACUAAAUCACAGCUCAGUGACCAUCAAAAAACUUAUCCAGGAAAGAAACCACAUCAGUGCAGUGGGUGCGGGAAAGCUUUUUCCAGGAAGGCACAGCUCGUUAGACAUCAGAGAACUGAAAGAGGAGAGAAACCCCACAGAUGCAAUGAAUGUGGGAAAACGUUCAUGAGGAAGAUUCAGCUCACUGAACAUCAGAGAACUCAUACGGGAGAGAAACCCCACGAAUGUGCCGACUGUGGAAAAGCCUUUUCCAGAAAGUCACAGCUCAUGGUACAUCAGAGAACUCACACGGGAGAGAAACCCUAUGAGUGCGGCGAAUGUGGGAAAGCCUUCAGCCGGAAGUGCCGGCUCAGUAGACAUCAGCGAUCUCACACUGGAGAGAAGCUCUACGGAUGCAGUGUGUGUGGGAAAGCCUUUUCCCAGAAGGCCUACCUCAUUGCACAUCAGAGACUUCACACAGGAGAGAAGCCUUAUGAAUGCAGUGAAUGUGGGAGAACCUUCUUUUUUAAGUCAGACCUGACCAAGCAUCAGAGAAUUCAUACGGGAGAGAAACCUUACGAAUGCAGUGACUGUGAAAAAGCCUUCCGAAGCAAGUCCAAGCUCAUUCAGCAUCAGCGAACUCACACCGGAGAGAGACCGUAUGCCUGCAGUGAAUGUGGCAAAGCCUUUGCCCACAUGUCCGUCCUCAUCAAACAUAAGAAAACUCAUACGCGAGAGAAAGCUCUCAAUUCAUUGAAGGUGGAGAAACCUUCCUCGGGGAGUCAUAGCUCUUUAUACAUGAGUGACCUGGUCCAGGAGCAAAAGGCUAUGAACACAGUGCCUGCAGAAAUGUCUUCUUUGGGAACUCAGCCCUCGUUAAACAUCGGCGAGCUCCUUGGGGCCAGAAACGUAGUGAUUGUGCAGCAGCCUUGUCCACGAAGUCCAGCCUCAGUAGCUAAUCGGGAAUUCACACAGGGAGCGAACCUUGCAGAUGCAAUGAAUGUGACAACCCCUUCAGUAAUAAAGUAUGUCUUAUAUGUCACAGAUACUGCAUAGGAAAAAAACAAUUCUCCGGUACCGGAAGCGUGGAAAAGCCUUUAGCGUGAAUCCGCCCCACAUCUGUUAUGUGUCGGCUCACUUAGGACAGAAAUGCCGUGGAUGCAGUGGUGGCGGAGGAUGCCCCACAAGGGUCAGACUUGGUAAGUACCUGUGAGAUCACGUUGCCCAGAAAUGCAGCCAUUGGGGGAAGCCUUUGCCUGGAGGUGGCAUCGCGGUUGCUACCACAGAAUUCUCACAGGACCACAACCUUAGGAAGGAAUGCGAUCUCUUUCAGUGAUAAGUUGUACCUUAUCACUCGUCAGAGAAGCACAGAAAGACGACUCUAGAGGCACUAGAUGUGGAACACGUGUUCACCAACGUGGAAGAACUCGUAGAAAAGAGAAACCCACUGAAUGCAAAAAGAAAAAAGAAACAUCUAUCACUAAACGAAUUCUUGUAUCACCGUUUUACCUUGAGAAAGUGGGAAAGACUUCUCUAAUAAAGGAAAUCAUCUUGGACACCAGGAAUUGCAUGAUGUAGUAGAAACCUGAGAAUAUAAUGAAUAUAGAAGUACAGCUGUAUUAGUUUCUUAUGGAUGCUGCAACAAAUUACCACAAAUAUGGUGUCUCAGAACAACACAGUGUAUUAUUCUGGAGUCUGAAGUCCAAAGUGCACCUCACUGGUCUAAAAGCAAGGCUGUUGGCAGGGCUGCAUUUCUUUUUGGAGGCUCUCGAGGAGAACCUUUUUCUUUGCUUUUCCAGCUUCUAGAAGCUGCCCAGAUUCCAUGGUUUGUGGCCCCUUUCCUUCCUCAAAGCCAUCAAUUGCAGGUCAAAUCUUUCAUCAGUCUAACAGUCAUUUUUCGACUUCUUUCAUCCACACUCAAGGACCCUUGUGAUUAUAGUGGACCUACCCACAUAAUCCAGGAUAAUCUCCCUAUCUUAAAAUCAGCUAAUUAGCAGCUUUAACUCCAUCUGCUACCUUGUAUCCUCUUUGCCUUAUAAUUUAACAGGUCCUGGAGACUGGGAUGUAGACAUCUUUGGGAGGCCAUUAUUCUGCCUACCGGAGACCACCCUUUGGCACCCAGUGAUCUGUUUCCAUCCCACGUGCCCAAUGCAUUCACCCUGUCCCAGUAUCUCUGAAUGGCUCAACCCAUUACAGCCCCAACCCAGAGUCCAAAGUCUCACCUAAAAUUCAUCAGCUCGGCAGCACCCAAUCUCAUCAUCUAGGUCAAGUAUCAGUGAGGCUUUGGGUAUAAUCCAUCCCGAGGCACAACUCUCUCUGAACCUCUAAAACUCUUCAUAUAAGAAACAACUUAUAUGGUCCUAACAUACUUAGUUCCCUCUUCUACCUUAAUUCCCCUUUACCAUGCAGUGUGACAUACAGAUUCUGACAAUUAGGACAUAAACAUCUUUGGACUUGACAUUAUUUCGCCUACCACAAAAACAUAAGACUUCAGCGAAUUUACACUUCGAUAAAUUCCUACGUAGCCCUUAAAUAAAUUUGGGGAAGCAUGUUUCCGGAGAAAGAAUUAUCUAAAGUAAUUAUGAACUAAAUACAUUAACAUUUUUUCUUUAAUCAGAGAACCCUACACCGAGUGUUAGAUAUGAACACUGCACAAUGUUCUUGAAAUGUAUAAAUCAGAUUAUCAGCACAGGAAAAGAACCCUUAAAUGUCCUAAAGGAACAUGAGAUUUAUGCUGCUUGGAACUGCUGCCAGACAACGUUUGCAUCUAACUAUGAAACUGUAUAGAUUUAUAUAUUUGUGUAUAUCACGAUGCACCUAAAUACUGACCAGUGUUUUCACAGCCAAUUCUAACAACUCCUUUUUCUUCAACAGGAUAA